AGAAGAAGAAGAAGAAGAGUCCCGGCCAUCGCAUGGGACUUCUCCUCGCGCCCCCCUCCCCAAACAUCUCCCAUACGCCCACCGCCCCCUUUUGGGGGGCGAUUUUUUUUUAGGGUGGGGGAAUGGUUUGAGGGGGGUCGCUUUUGAGGGAAGGAGGGAGGGAGGGAGGGAGCGCGAGAGGCGGGGAAGGGGGGCCGCCGCCGCCGCCCCCACCCCUCCCGUCAGCUCGGCUCGGGUGUUCCCCCACCCAUCGGCCACCCCCUCCUCCGGCACCACCACCAUGGCUUCCCCUCUGAGGGAGGACGAGGAAGAGGAGGAGGAGAUGGUGGUGUCCGAGCCGGAGGGGGAGGAAGACGAAGAAGAGGAGGAGGAGGAAGAGGAGGAGGAAGAAGAAGAAGAAGAGGACGACGAAGAAACCGCCGCCGCCGCCGCCGCAAGGAACGACAGCCCGGGCGACAUCUUCCCGCCCGCCGCCGCCGCCGCCUCAGCAGCAGCAGCAGCCGCCUCAGCGCAGGCGGAGGCUGCCCCGCUGACCCCCGCCGCCGCCUCCUCCUCCUCCUCCACGCCGGCCGCCGGAGGGACCCAGGCGCCGCCAGACAACGAAGAGGAGGAUUUGUGCAGCUUAGAGAGUCCCCUCGUCGUCAAGAAGAAGAAACGAGGGCCGAAAAAGCAGAAGGAUAACAAGCCGGGGAAACCCAGGAAGCGCAAAAAAUUAGUCAGUGAGGAUGAGUUUGAGUCCGACCGAGAGGAGUACCGGGCCAAGUCGGAGAGCGGUGGCAGUGAUUAUGGAGGGGUGGGGAAGAAGAAGCGGCGCAAACAUCGGGAGAAGAAAGAGAAGAAGACCAAGCGGCGGAAAAAGACAGAAGAAGACGGAAUGCAAAAGCCAAAGGUGGAGCAGAAGUCCUCGGCCCAGCUGCUCAUGACUUGGGGCCUGGAAGACGUCGACCACGUUUUCACCGAGGAAGACUAUCACACCUUGACAAACUACAAAGCCUUCAGCCAGUUUAUGAGGCCUCUCAUUGCCAAAAAGAACCCCAAGAUCCCCAUGUCCAAAAUGAUGACCAUUAUGGGAGCCAAGUGGCGAGAAUUCAGUGCCAACAACCCUUUCAAAGGAUCGACGGCCGCCGUGGCUGCUGCGGCCGCCGCCGCUGCGGCCGCCGUAGCAGAACAAGUCUCAGCCGCCGUGUCGGCUGUGAUCCCUUCACCUGAGCCCCAACACCUGCUGCAGCCCCCGGCUCAGCCUCUUCCCAUCCGCAAAGCCAAAACCAAAGAGGGCAAAGGACCCGGCCACAAGAAGCGGAGCAAAAGCCCUCGCGUCCCCGAGAUGAAGAGGAAGGGAAAGGGGAAGAAGAUGGCGCCCCUGAAGAUCAAGUUGGGCGUGAUCGGCGGGAAGCGCAAGAAGAGCAGCUCACAUUUGUUUCAGAGCGACGAAGUGGCGGAACCGGAAGAAGAAUCCGACCUGGACAACUCCAGUGUUCACAGUUCUUCCGUGCGUUCGGAUAGUUCAGGAAGGGUCAAGAAAGUCAGGCGAGGUCGACCUGGACGAAAGAAGAAGAAAGUUGCCGGUGAAGAAGAGGCCGACGGCUACGAGACCGACCACCAAGACUAUUGCGAGGUGUGUCAGCAGGGCGGGGAGAUCAUCCUGUGCGACUCGUGUCCCAGAGCUUAUCACCUGGUGUGCCUGGAUCCGGAGCUAGACAAGGCCCCGCAGGGCAAAUGGAGCUGCCCUCACUGCGAGAAAGAAGGGGUACAGUGGGAACCGAAGGAGGAGGAUGAGGAAUACGAAGGUGAGCUGGACGAGAAGGAAGAGGAGGACGACCACAUGGAAUACUGCCGGGUCUGCAAGGACGGCGGGGAGCUCCUGUGCUGUGACGCUUGCAUCUCUUCCUAUCACAUCCACUGCCUCAACCCACCCCUCCCGGAGAUCCCCAACGGGGAAUGGCUGUGCCCCCGCUGCACGUGCCCCAUGCUAAAAGGCCGGGUCCAGAAGAUUCUCCACUGGCGGUGGGGAGAGCCCCCCACGCCGGUUGCGGUCCCCGUGCCCCCUGACAGCAACCCGGACGACCCGCCUCCCAAGUUGCUCCAGGGACGUUCGGAGCGCGAAUUCUUCGUCAAAUGGGUUGGCCUCUCUUACUGGCAUUGCUCCUGGAUAAAGGAAUUGCAG